AUGACUGUCAGUCAACAGAAGAGAGUGCAGACUCCAAGAUCGGCCUUUGUUGUGCCGGACUACAAACAGGAGUUCACAAUCUGUGUGGAUACAUUAAGCGUCGGACUUGGAGUGGUGCUGUGCCGAGCGGAUGACAGUGGGAAUCUGCACCAAAUGACUCUGAUCAGCAGGAAAUUCCAACCUGCUAUCCUGAACAAGAAGGAGGAGCGGGGCGCGCGGACCUUCUUGCAAGGCCGGUUGCAGCCGCUGCCCUCACCCGCAGGGGGCGCUGCAGCUAAACCCGACCUGGCGCCGGCUUGCUGCUGGAGGCGCUUUGGCGAGGAGGCGGCGGCGCUGGCGGCAGCCCUGCAGCGGCACCAGUCCACAGCCUCUAAGGCUCCAGACCUCUGGGACUCGGAAUCGGUCCUUAGCGAGGAGCAAGAAGGCGACAAGGAGGAGGAGGAAGAGGAAGGAGAGGGCUGCAAACCUCCUCCCAUCGCCCCGAGGCCGCGUGAAGGAUUGCCCUGUGGCGGCAGCAUCCAAUCUUUGCCUGAAGGCCCAAGCAGGGAGCUGCCGUCGGAAGAGACCCCAAACCAGUCCGCCACGGGACUCAGAGACAGCGAGCUGUCAGCCCGAAAUUCAGAUCGCAGACACUCGGAGGAGAUUGAGGAGGAGGAGGAAGACCACUGGAACAACACGGCGGGCGGUAAGUGUUUCAAGGGACUGUCAGAAGACGAAGAUGUGACGACUGCUAGCGCGGCCCCGAUGGCCGCCUCUACCGCAGCUCCGAAGCCGCGCAAGAAGCGCUCCAGGGCGGCCUUUUCCCACGCGCAAGUCUUCGAACUGGAGCGCCGCUUCAACCACCAGCGCUACCUAUCCGGGCCGGAGCGCGCAGACCUGGCCGCCUCGCUGAAGCUCACCGAGACGCAGGUGAAAAUCUGGUUUCAGAACCGGCGCUACAAGACCAAGCGGCGCCAGCUAGCAGCAGAUCUCCUCUCCUCUGCGCCGGCCGCCAAGAAAGUCGCCGUCAAGGUGCUAGUCCGCGACGACCAAAGGCAGUAUCACCCGGGCGAGGUCCUCCGGCCGCCGCCGCUCCUCUCUCUGCAGCCUUCCUAUUAUUACCCGUACUACUGCCUUCCAGGCUGGGCCCUCUCGGCCUGUGCCGCGGCCGCCGGGGGCACGCAGUGACAAGCUCGGUGGGAACCCCUCGCUUCUGAGUGAGAGAAAAACUCGCGCCUUGUUGGAACACUUGGACACGGAGAUGGGGAACAAGCAGGAGGAAGAAGAACCACACGCUUGGCUCACUCGAAUCCUGACCCAGAAUCCCAGCUCAAGUCCUCGUCCCUCGGUUUCUGCCCCACCCCACCCCACCGGAGUGGGGUCUCCGGU